GCGGCAAAGCUGAGACUCGUGCACAGUCACCACCACCACCACCAUCAUCAUGCAGCGCUUCUUCUGGGAGAAAAUCUGCAGCGGAAUCGAGGGAAGUGGAGAGGCAGCAUGACUUGCGCUCUGGAUUUCUGUGACUCUACCUUCCACUCUCAUAUAUAGCCCGAGAUCUUAAUGCUGUUCCAUUUUGGUUUACAAAUAUGAUGAAAUGGCAGCCCCGGAAGAAGGCAUACUUCCGACAGGGUGUUGCCCUUCAGUACCUUGGUCGCCAUGCCGACGCACUGGCGGCCUUUGCCUCUGGGCUGGCCCAAGACCCCAAGAGCCUGCAGCUACUUGUGGGCAUGGUCGAAGCUGCGAUGAAGUCGCCGUUACGAGAUUCUCUGGAGCCCACCUAUCAGCAGCUGCAAAAGAUGAAACUGGACAAAAGUCCAUUUGUGGUGGUGUCUGUGAUUGGCCAGGAGCUGCUGACAGCAAGCCACCAUACAGCCUCUGUUGUGGUGCUCGAAGCCGCUUUGAAGAUUGGAACUUGCAGCCUGAAGCUCCGCGGCUCCGUCUUCUCGGCCCUCAGCAGCGCCCACUGGUCCCUGGGCAACACAGAGAAGAGCACAGGGUACAUGCAACAAGAUUUAGAGGUGGCCAAGACCCUAGGUGACCAAACGGGGGAAUGCCGUGCUCAUGGGAAUCUGGGCUCUGCAUUCUUCUCCAAGGGGAACUACCGUGAAGCAUUGACUAACCACCGCAACCAGCUGGUUCUGGCCAUGAAGUUAAAGGACAGAGAGGCAUUAUUCAUCAGAUGA